AUCACCAACCCAUCUCAACUCUCUCUUUCAACACUAGACAGAAGUCAAGCUCUCAAAUCCACUCAACAAUGGCAGCUUCCACCAUGGCUCUCUCCUCCCCAUCCCUCGCCGGACAGGCGGUGAAGCUCUCCCCCUCCACUCCCGAGCUCCUCGGCAAUGGGAGAGUCUCCAUGAGGAAGACCGUCGGCAAGCCCGUCUCAUCCGGGAGCCCAUGGUACGGCCCGGACCGCGCCAAGUACCUAGGCCCAUUCUCCGGCGAGCCCCCAAGCUACCUCACUGGCAAGUUCCCCGGUGACUACGGCUGGGACACCGCCGGACUCUCGGCCGACCCCGAGACCUUCGCCAAGAACCGCGAGCUUGAAGUCAUCCACUGCAGGUGGGCCAUGCUCGGUGCCCUGGGGUGCGUCUUCCCCGAGCUCCUGGCCUGCAACGGCAUCAAGUUCGGUGAGGCCGUGUGGUUCAAGGCUGGCGCCCAGAUCUUUAGCGAGGGAGGGCUCGACUACCUGGGCAACCCCAACCUGAUCCACGCCCAAAGCAUCUUGGCCAUCUGGGCCUGCCAAGUCAUCCUGAUGGGAGCCGUCGAGGGUUACCGUAUUGCUGGUGGCCCGCUCGGUGAGGUCACCGACCCGCUCUACCCCGGGGAGCUUCGACCCUUGGGCCUGGCCGAUGACCCUGAGGCCUUUGCCGAGCUCAAGGUGAAGGAGAUCAAGAACGGCAGGCUUGCCAUGUUCUCCAUGUUUGGGUUCUUCGUGCAGGCCAUUGUGACAGGAAAGGGUCCAUUGGAGAACUUGGCUGACCACCUUGCUGAUCCAGUUAACAACAAUGCUUGGGCCUAUGCCACCAACUUCGUCCCUGGAAAGUGAGCGUGAGGGGUGAUAUACAGUUCGGUUGGAAACGAUACUUUCAGAAGUGUAAAUUACAUGUAUUGCCGCUGGCUUGACUCUUGAGUGACAUCUUCAAUCAUCUUCCUUCCUUUUUCGACUCGA